GAGAGAGAGAGAGAGCUAAGCGAUAACGCCAUACUCUGAGCAACAGCACAAAGAAAAGAAAGAAAGAUAACGAGCUGCUCAGCUUCGGGUUGCUGUGAGCCAGCCGCUGCCGGUGGUGGUGGUGGGGGUCGCCUCGAUAUCAAAACCCAUUAACAACGGAAUAUGGCAACAGCACUCACCAAUCAGUCGGCGUUUAGCCUGUAGUCUAAUGUGUUUCCGCGAAGCCUCGACUGACUCCGUCCGCCCCCCCCCCCCCCUCUCUCAAGACCAAAGAGAGAGAGAGAGAGAGAGACACAGUCACACCGUCCGACAUCAUCAACAAACAAGCCAAAAAAAAAAAACCCCUCAAAGAGACGAGCCAGCCGAGCCACCGGCCAACCGGCCACCAUCUUAACAGGCUGCUGACAGAGGCAACACACACACAGAGAGACUGAGAGAGAGAGAGAGAAAGAGGCUAAUGCUUAUUUUUGAUCAACAGGUAAGCUGCUCCAAUAGGCAACACUAUAGCAACGCGACGCGACGCGCGCACACCGCAGCUCCGUGUGCUAGUCGGUGCAGUGAACGGAAGAACCGACAAAAAAAAAUAAAAAAUAAAUAAUAACACACCACCAACAACAACAACACAGAAAAAUUAAAGCGCGGCGGCGGCGACGCACGGUGUUCCGGGUGGACUGUAGCUCGGCGAGAGCAUGAAAUGCACGUUGUCUGUCGCACGAGUGCGGAGAUGAGAUUUGUUCCGUCCGCGGCGGAGACGCAGAGGACAGGAAGCCCGCGGCUGCACCGUGCUGCGUUUAGGGAACACCAAAUAUCGCUGGGUGUGUGUGUACUGUAGCCGUCGGUUGGUGUUUUUACGACGGGCAGCAGUCGCUUUGCGUCUUAUGUAACUAACGGCCUGAGCGGCGGCGGUCAGGAGAGAGAAGAGAAAGGGGGGAAAAAAAGAAAAAGAGGGAUCUGCUGAAUGAGAGAGGGGAGGAAAGAGAAGGGGAGAGAGAGAGAGAGAGAGAGAGAGAGAGCAGCGCCGCCGCUUUGAAUUCACAUGGCCAAUUUACAUUUAGGGUUAGGACACACAAACGCCGCACAAAUACAAAUUGGGGGCUGCUGCUACCGGGGGACGGCUACUGCUGUGAUUUGAGACGGAGCCUGAAGGCGGCGGCGGCGGCGGCGGCGGCAGAAGCAGCAGCAACGCGGAGAGAGACUUUAAAGUCGCCUCAAGUAGGUUGUUAAGGUGAUGGUGGACCCCGACAACCGUGACUGAGAGCCUAAACCAGAACCGACAAAAAAAAAAAAAAAGGAAAAGAAAAAAAAGACAGGGCAGAAAGAAAGGCAGCCUGCAUAUUACUUCUCACAGGAAUCUGCGACGCACUUGAUCAAACUCAAAACUGUAUCGUCCAGCUGUUGCGUAGAGCGGCGGCCCUGGACCGAAGGUGACUGAUGCUUCGUGGAGUUUGAGACCUUUUCAAACAAAAAGUCAAGGAAGCUGAAAAGCUGGAGCUUGGAGUAACGUGGACCUGAUUAAAGAAAUGGAGGGAUACUAGUUUGGACCUGGCACCUGGUUUCUGCCUCCGACCACAGUGUGGAGUACGGAGCAGCAGUAGCCGAACUGUGCUGCUGGACGGACCAUCGUGGAGCGGGGUGGAAUCGAGCCGCUUCGACAGAACUGAUGCCAAGGCCAGGAGUCAGCCAUGAUGUUUUUAUAACCUGAUGAACAGCAGAGAGAUGGUGAGGAAGAAGAAUCCCCCUAUCCGGAGUGUGGGAGGUGAGGAGGAGGAGGAAGAGGAGGGGAGGAGGCCAGCAGGAGAAGAAGAAGAGGAGGGAGAGGAAGAGGGGAGAGUCGGAGCGGAGGCCGAGCGAAUAAACCGACCCUCUGAGCCAGAGUCCUCCGACCGGGUCAGAGGAGAUGAGGAGCAGGAGGAGGAGGAGGGAGAAAGUGAGUGUGUUUCCUCAUCUGUCUCUCCCUCAUCAGUGGGUGAUCGCUACACUAAUGAGGAGAGAGGGGCCAGGAGAGGAGGAGGAGGGGGCAGGUCCAAACACGGAGACGCGGCGUUGACCGACAGACCCGAGAGCCAGUCGGAGCCCGAGGACGGGGAGAAGGGGCUACAGGGGAGGGAGCGAGUCACCCCUCCUCUCCUCUCCACUCCCCACCUCCUCCCCGGACAGGAAGGAGGGGAGGAGUCGACAACUGACACCCCUCCGCUGUCCUCCAGCCCCUCUCCCAAACUCCAGGACUUCAAGUGCAACGUGUGCGGUUACGGUUACUAUGGCAACGACCCCGCCGACCUGGUGAAGCACUUUAGGAAGUAUCACCUGGGUCUGCACAACCGCACACGGCAGGACGCUGCCCUCGACACACACAUCCUGGCCCUCCACAACAUGGCCCCUCAGCACACACCUCUAGACAUACAGACAGGACAAGGGCAGAGAAGCCAAGCCAAAGAGUCGGGGAAGACGAGGCCAGAUAUACACAAUCAACAGCACAGGGCGGUUAUGAUGAAUGGCACAUAUGACGUUCAGGUGACCUUGGGAGGCACGUUAAUCGGGAUUGGCCGGAAGACCUCUGAUUGCCAGGGGAACACUAAGUACUUUCGCUGCAAAUUCUGCAACUUCACUUACAUGGGCAGCAAUUCGAUAGAACUUGAACAACACUUCCUGUCCUCGCAUCCCAACAAAGUCAAAACUCCACCAAGCACGCCCCUGCUGUCCACCAACAACCUGGCAAAGCAUGACAACCAGACGGUGGGAAGGAGUCAGAUCUUAGACGGGGCGGAGCGAGUGGCCGUGAGGGCAGAUGACGAUUCCUUGGUCGGGUACUCCAUCCCAGUGAGGGGGCCUUCAGAUUCGUCAAGCUGGACAGGGGAGCCGGGCCGAGGCGCCGUGCAGGCGUAUUAUUGGUGUAAAUUCUGCAGCUGGAGCUGUGAGUGGUCGGGGGGCUCGGCGAAGCUUUUGGAGCACUAUGAACAAAGACAUAGGAUGAGCAUGGGAGGUACUAUGAGUCCCAACAACUCUAAUCCUGGGGUGUUGGACAGAGAGAGGGAGAGAGGGGGGAGAAGAGAAGGAGGCGAAAGAGACCUGGCAUCCAAAAGCCGAAAAGAUCUAUCAUCAAACCCAUCCAGCACCAGCCAAGGAGACCCAAACAGCAGCGAUCCAGAAGCAGUCGUGACCAGCUAUAACUGUCAGUUGUGCGAUUUCCGGUACUCAAUGGCCCACAGUGCAGACGUGAUCGUGGUGGCACCGUUACUACUGCACUACCAGCACAACCACUCCAUCCACCGGUGCUGCAUUCAGCACUGCAUGUACUGCCCCCAGGGGCUCUGUCAGCCACACAAACACUUGGGCGAGGUCUCCCACCCUUUUGCUUGUCGGAAGCCCACCUGUCCUAAAUGCUGUUCCAAGUUUCCUCAGUCCAACAAGCAAAAGGACACGGUUGGUUCGAAACCUGCCACCACCUCCACCUCACCCAGCAUGACCCCUCCCAAUCCCAGAGGUGACCCAGGUGUGAUUUCUGGUUCCACCUUUCACACCUCUAACUCUGCCCAUCCUGUUGUCACACAAGGCGUCACCCACCUGUGUGACCAGUGUGCGUUUGCCACCACCGACAUCGACGUGUUGCUUCAACACUACGAAACCUGCCACACCCUGAUCAACCUGAAGGGGGCCGCCCCGCACGUCAAGGCCGAGGAAGAGGUCGGGGUCGACAGGGACGGCGGGAGAGGAGCAGGAGGAGAGAGGGAGUACUCUUGUACCAAGUGUCACUUCAUCACAGAAGUGGAAGAAGAGAUUUUUAGACACUACAGGCGUGUCCACGCGUGUUGCCGCUGUCGACACUGCGACUUCACGGCUCCCGAUUCGUCGGCCCUCCUCGACCAUUUUAACUCUGUCCACUGUCACGACUCCUCUCCCUCACUGAGCUCAUUGGCAACGACCUCUUUGCCCGCCUCGCUGACACCGUCGUUAACACUCUCAGCCAAUGGCUGCUCAGCUCCCUCUACCUUAGCCAUUAAAGAAGAGAGCAAGGGGGAUCUUCGCCUCCUCUACUCCCUGGCGCCACCUGAGGGGCGGUUGGCAGAAGGAGGCAGAGAGGAGGCGGGAGGGGCGGUAAAGAGUGAGGGCGGCGAGGAGAAGGAAAGGGAGCGUGAGAAAGGCUGGGUUCUUGGGGAGACGAGAGGAGUUGGUGAAAGAGGAGGUGAGCAGGCCCAUGGUUUACUCUGGGUGCCCAAGGAGCGAAUGGGACCCGAAAGAGGGUCAGGAGGUGGGAGCCCCUCUCUUUUCCCCUCCCCUCUCCCAUUGUCUUUUGUUUCAGCCAAUCACGAGGCAUUGCAGCAGAAAAGGGGCAUGGCCUCACCCAGCAUGGUUUACCUGGGAGACACCAAGUCAUUUUUGGGAGAUACCAAGUCGUUUUUGGGAGACGCCAAGCUGUACGGAGGAGGAAGACCAGGAGGAGGCGCAGCAGGUGGCGGGGAGAAGCAGAGCCCGAUGGCCCCUCUGCAGUAUGGAGGAGGAGGGAGUGGAGGUGGUGGACAGGAGGGGAAAGGAGGAGCUGCUAAAGAGGAGUCCCAAUCCCUGCUACGGCGGCGCAGAGGAAGUGGGGUCUUUUGUGCGAACUGCUCGACCACCAAGACGUCGUUGUGGAGGAAGAACGCAAACGGGGGCUAUGUCUGCAACGCGUGUGGUUUAUACCAAAAACUGCAUUCGACACCCAGACCUCUAAACAUCAUAAAGCAGAACAACGGUGAACAGAUUAUCCGACGACGAACCCGAAAGCGCCUCAACCCCGAUUCGCUGUCGUCUGAAAACCCCACCCCCAAGCAGCAACGAAUCAGCGAGGAGCGCAUGAACGGGGAGGAGUCGGACCGGAGCUGCGCGUCGAUGAAAAACCAGCAGCCUUCCCCGCGCUCGCGCUCGCCGCGGUCCACCCAGGCCUUCUUGGCCAAUCAAACGUUGGAGAUCCACAGACGCAUGCCUCCUCUUCUCAUCCCCUCACACACCCCCUCCUCCCUGGUCAUGGAGGGCAAUGGGGGCAUCGCAGAGGGAGUUAUAGCAUCAAAGGUAGAGGGAGGCAAAGGGGGAGGGGGAUCAGAAAGAGGCAGUCCUAUCGAAAAAUACAUGCGUCCAUCCAAACCAUCUAGUUAUUCGCCUCCUGGUUCACCCAUUGAAAAGUAUCAGUAUCCCCUUUUUUCUUUACCCCUACCGUUAACCCUCUCCCCUGAUCUGACCCCUGACUCUGAUUGGCUCAGAUUCUGGACCAAGUACAAGAUGGCAGCCACCUCUGGGGUUCCUGGUAACAUCAGUAAUCUAAGCAGCCCCGGUAGCCUCGGAAAUAACUCGCAUUAUCUUGGUGCAAUGGUGACUCCAGUGCAGCAUCAUCAGCAAAGCUACACGGUGCCUUACUGUGCCUCUCCCUACUCUCCUCUUCCACCUCCCCCGGCUCCUCCUCACUAUCCCCCUCCUCCUCUUCAUCCACAAACCUCCUCCUCGUCCUCGUCCUCGUCAUUAGAGAACGAUCUUCCUUUGGAUCUUGCAAUAAGACAACGAGAUACAAGUGCCGCAAGUGCCCACGUGUCAACAAAUGGCGCGGAGAGGAGAAAGCAGGAGUCGCCUCUCGCUGAGAGGUCGAGGGAAAACUGGAAAGGAGAGAAAAAGGAGGAGGAGAGGACUGAUGAGGGAGGAAACCAGAGGGAGGAGGUGGGGAAGGAAGAGCUGGAGCAUUUGACAAAAAACGUUUCAAAGAGCCGUGCAAUGGUGGAGGUGGCCACACAGGAUGACCUGACCAAUCGCUGCAUCCACUGUGGGAUCUACUUUCUAGAUGAGGUCAUGUACGCCCUGCACAUGAGUUGCCACGGUGACCAGGGACCAUACCAAUGCAGUUUUUGCCUCCACGUGUGUGCGGAUCGCUACGAUUUCACCACACACAUACAGCGGGGCUUACACAGGUACACGGAUAAGACGUCGCAACAGAAGGGCAACUCGCAGGACGGCAAAAGUCUGAGCGUCACAGUGAUGUCGGAGUCAGGAAGCACGACUCCGGAGGGAAACAAAGAUGGUGGAGAUCAUGACGAGGUCGCGUGUGAAAGUGAUGACGCCACAGGAGAAUGUCACGAUGAUAGAGCAGAAGAAAUGGCGGGCGACGACGCCCGCGAUAUUGAAACGGGAGCUGACGCGGAGUUAAGCAUAGAAAGUCUCGACCCAACAAACCAGGAAUCAGGAGGCGAAGCGGUGCCAGACGACAGUAGCGUUGACAACACCAAAACCAUUGAGGUCACGACUGUUGCCGAGUCUAAAGACUUUGAAGAGAACACGGAGAGUAAUUAAUCUGAACCCUUUGACUCCUACAGACCUUUUAUGGACACGUUUCAUUGAAUGAAUAAGCUGUAUGCCAUCAUGUUCCUGGAGGCCGGCUCACGUCGAAGUGGGCCUCUCCUGGGCACUAAACGGAACACAUCCUUAUGCUGGAAGCACUCGGCGGUCGAAUGGUCAAAAGUCAGUGUAGGAUCCCGCCGAAAAACUGCAGCGCGGACAAUUUGGAGGAACAGUCUGAAUCCUUUUUUUCGAGUGACGAUCACUCGACGGCUGCGUAGCGAGCACUCUACAAUGGAGUCUGGGUCAUGCAGCGGAAAAAUCACCUUUAGUUAACGGCCACUUACUUGUGCGCUAUCCAAAUACAAGGAGUGGAAGCUCGACUGAAAGCCAGACUGGUCUCGUUUAUCUCAUUGAUGGGAUGGUGGAGCACAGCACUUGCACAGCCAAACCGUACAGCAGAGCAAAAAAAAAAUUAAAUAAUGCUAGAAGCAAAACACUUGCGCUGAACUGAGCUGACCUGUUAUGCACCACGCUAAACUGAACCCCGAGCCGGCCCAAACUGGUCCGACUGAUUUCCCUGGGUACAACCAGAUCGGAUCUGGUCAGAACUACUUUGUCCUCAGCCCAGAGCAUGUUUUUAUAACUCUUUUCUCUCUCUCUCUCUCUCUCUCUCUCUCUCUCUCUGUCUGUGCAAGUGGAUUCAAAACCAAAACUUAAUUUUGAAGCGCGAGCGUUCAGGAUUGAACCGGUUUGUUCUGGACUGGACGUUCAGGGGGUUUUAGAUUGGUACUAAAGGAACAGGUGGAGUCUUUCACCAGUGCCCUGUUGUCACUGAAACUGACAAGUGUUCUCGGAUCAAUGCAAGUUCACCACCGCCGCCAAGUGGCGCCGAAAUGGUGGACUGGUUGGAUUUUAAUUUGACCAUGACUCUUUGAACUGCUUGAAAACCAGUUUUCUACUGGUUAGAACCGGUUAUGAUACCGGAACCGAAGUGUUCUCUUCAUCCGUUUGGAUCGAACCGAGUGACAAUGUUUUCUACCUUCCUCUGUGCCAUGAUACUAGCUACGUGCCUGGCUGCCUGCCUAAUAGAACAACCAUCUAUUAACCUGCUUAACAUUUAUAUUAAUAAUAAUAAAGGUAAUAAUAAUGAUGAUGUUAUAGUUCAAAACAUGCAAUUUGCUACACUUUCCUAUAUAAUAUGUUAUUUUGUAAAGGAAAAUAAUGCUUCUUUUUUUUUCCUCCAGGAAUUGGUACUAUAAAAAUUAGUCUAUUUGCAUUUUUUGUUUUCUCGUUUUUGAGCUCCUUGUUUGUUCGUGUUCCUACGGAGACUUGUUACGUUGACAACAGCCGUCUCACAGAAACGGUACCGGAACAGAGGGCGGGUUGUGUGUAUGUCUGCAUUUUGUGUUAUUGCGUCUUAUGCGUGUGAGGAUCUAAGGAAUGCCUCCGUCCCCAAACAAUGAUGUUAAACAUAAUGAAGGCUUGUGCUUGGUUUUUCAGUCCUCAGGGGUCACACGUGUUGCACACCAACCCACCUGUUUCAUAGCAUGGAACACGUCAUGUUUUACAUGGUGUAAUGGUUUUAGCAUGUUCUCUUAAUGUUCUUAUAUAUUUUUCUUAUCAUGUUCUUUAUGUGCCAAUAGAUCAACGCGGUCUUAGUAUGUAACAUUUUUUUUCCCUGUACGUCCUUUUACGUGUUUUUUUAUGUUACAUGUUUUCAUUGAGAGACUUAGGAACUUAGGGAGAAAUAACCUUAAACGUUAUCAAAAAGAUCAAUUAUUUGGGUUACCUGUAUAAAUCUUCGCUCCGCGUGGAGUCUACAGAGCCUCUUGCCUACAGUGUUUUAUUCAGCCGAUAUAUUGCUGAGAGUCGGGUAGUUUACCUCUAUGUAGCAUGUUAGCGUCUUAUUAAAUCUGCAAAAAUGAGUUGCCUUUUCUAGGGAUGGGAACUGUUACUUGUUAGACCUAAAUAAUACUGAAGAAAAACCAGAUUGUAAAGAUAUAUUUUUUAAAUUCAGUGAAGUGAAAUGACCGUGUUGCUUUCAGCUCCAACUAACCCCAUCCCGCUCAUUUACCAUUCGUGUCCCACCAUUGAGACUCACCUGCUCUUAUUCACAGUGUCCACAACUGAGUCUCUAUUCAAAAACCAAAAUUUGCAAUUCACAUAUUUUAGUUUUUUUGUCACUGAGAGAGUUGUGAACGGCCCCCUGACCUUUAAAAUGGAGCAACGCGGUGGCCAUCUUGUUUAUUUUUCUAAACAAAAUAAGAAAGAAUCACUUCUCCUGCCUUGCUGCCUUACAGUAGUUGCUAGAAAACAAAAGACAAAAAUCACCAAUGGACUCAUUUGGAAAGUCAGGAAGGAACAAGCUAAAGAAGGAGGAAAAAAAGAUAUUUUUCUACGCUAUUCCAAAAGACAUGAAUGAAAAAUAUUCCGACUAGUGCCUGGUAAAUCAGUUCAGUUUUUUUCUAAUUUGGGUUUGUCUGUGUUUGUCAAAACGUUGUGUGUGUGUGUGUGUGUGUGUGUGUGUGUGUGUGUGUGUGUGUGUACGAUGAGCCAUGUCAGACAGAUAGAAGUUGUUGAAACAAACUCCUACCUUGAUUCCCACACAGUUAUUUCAGUCCAGCCGUCUGAUUGGUCAGAUACCUCUCAGCCCACGAGUAAGACCCACAUGUGCUAAAAAAAGAAAAAUCGGGAUGCCAUGCUAACUGUUGCUCAUUAGGUAACUCUCAUCAUUUUGCAUGUUUGUGCUCUUACUUCAUAGAAAGAUGGAGAAAUAUGCCUCGGUUAUCUCUACUGUGUAUUUGAUUCAUUUGGAUAUGGAAGCUGAAUUAUAAUUCAUUUUUGUCCUCCAAAACUUCGCUGAUCACCUUUUAUUAUUUUCGGCUCCACUUGAAGACAUCUUCACUUCAUUAGUUUCAGUUUUUUAAGCACUUUUAUCCUGAAAGUCUGGCCUCAAUUUGGAGCAAGAGGUCCCAUCAUAUACGGACUGACGAGGCGGAUCUGGGGAGGAAAAAAACUAUUUAGAAAGAUCAUUUCUAUCAGUUUUUACUCGAACAAUGAAAAGCAAAGUCUUGGGAUUUUUUUUUGUGCAAAGUUUUUAGAAUGUACUUGUUUUGGGCGUCUCUCAAGGGGCUGCUAGCAUAACACAAACUGUUUACAUUUGCAAAUGUAGAAAAAAAAAAAAGGAACAAAGCAUUGAUUUCCUAUAAGACAACAGGGAAGAAUGGAGGGAUACCUGCUGAGGUGGAUGGAUGGAUGGAUGGAUGGAUGGAUGGAUGGGUGGAUGGGUGCCUUUGAAGAAUAGAUAGAGAGAAGGUGGAUGAAAAAAGGAUGGGAUCAAAUUAAAACUCCAGUUGCUCAUUAAGAAAUGGAGGUUUAGUCGAUGUGUCCGUUCAUCCCCGCUCUUCUGUUUUGUUUCGCAUUACUUCCUUUAACAUCCCUUUUUUUGUCUUUCAUUUGACAGAUACCUCCCUUUCUUUCUGUUUAUCUCUGCACCUGUUCUCCUCUCCUCUCCUCAGCCGCUCAUCCCCUCACGUUUUCCUCCUCCAUUCUGCCUCCCUUCUUAAAACGAUGUACGUAAUGGUGACUCGGUUAUUCUGAUCAAAAAGGCAGAUUUGGACUCUUACCCCGGCACUGACAGAAACCUCUCUGCUUAUGUCGACUUGGCCUGGGUCGAAUUUCUCUCCUCCUUGAAAGGGCUUUUUGUUUGUGUGGAGGAAAUUGUUACCAGCAGUAAAACUGUCUCUAAUUUGGGCUCAUCCGUUUUCCAGCAGGGCUGACAUUCGAAAGGACUUCAAAAUGAAUUCUCAUCUGUUAAAGACGUUUUUUUGGUAACAAUCUUCACUGGAUUUUUAAGAAACAGUAGCAGCAGUUUUGUGUCUUUGUUGGGGGGGUGGACUAGUUUUGCCUUUUUUUCUGUCUCGCGUCUGGUUUCACAUCUCAUUUUGACGAACCACAAGGACUCCUCGGUUCUGAUGCAAACAUGUUUUGAACGGUUUGGACUUUUGGAGAGAAAAUCCUUCUCUGUUCUAAGAUGAGAGUAAAGACAACACAGCAUUGAUGAGGGAAAAAAACCUCUGUUCACGCACACGUUUCAUAUUGUAGGUGCCGUUCAGAACUCUUUCCCAUCAAAAAAAAUCCUCUUCCGUCUCAGCGUUGCCUCCUCUGAGUCAUGUUAGGAUACUCUGUAUAUCAAAAACAUAAACGGAUGUUAAUGGCGACAGGAGCGUCGCCGCGUGUCAGCCGCCAUUUACGCUUGAAAGUAGGAACUUUUGGUCAGAAACGAGGUUCUGCAGGACACACGCGACCUUUUACUUAAAUAUUGAACCGUAUGUUUUUGGUUUGAUGGCAUUUCACAUCAGCGUUUACAUUGGGGGGCCUUAACAAGUGUUUUCAUUUUAAUCUGAAUGUGUUAUAAAGUUGUUGAUGCUGUUGCUUGCACUCCAUUUAUUAUGUUCUUAUUGCCAAGGAAGGGACAACACACACUCACACACACAUAAACACACUUACAGACAGUGGUACGGAUUCAGUGUACAUUUUGGGAUGUACAGUAUUAGCCAUGGGAGACAAGGGAGCUAAAGGCCAGUUUAUUAUUGGUCAGAGAAAUACACACAUACAAACACAUACACACACACACACACACAUCAAGUAUGUACAUUUAACCAAUAUAUUUUAGUAGAAUUUUGUCUCUAUUCAGUCGAAUGGCUUUUAUAGAAAGUAUGGGAUUUUUUUUUUUUUAGGUUAUUUUCUCUUUCAUGUUGUAUUUUAUUCUGCUACUUUUCUGUAUGUUAUUGUUUUUAGAUUUAAUUUCGUGCAAAAAAUGAUAUUUCAACAACAUAUUUUGACAGCCAAGAAAAGUUUGUUACACAGCUAAACUUGAAGAAUAAUGAUGAUGAUGAUGGUGAUGAUAAUAAUUAAUAAAAGUAAUAACAAACAUA